AAAUUUGGUUUGUUGACGUCCUUAACGUGAACUAAUCUUCGCCGUCAUAGUAACGGCAUUCUACUGCAUUCUGAUUGGCUAAUCAGAUUGUUUGAGUAAAAUUAUUUCAUUCCAUCCCCAAAUACGGGUAGGUAAGGUUUCGCAUUUAGCUGCCUGGGCGAUAUAAUAUAUUUUUAUACAACGAACUAAAAAUGGAAGAGGUUAGAUUUUAGAAACAUAAUUCGUCUCAUAUCCUGCCUUUGAAGAUGUCUGAAGAAAGUUCAUCUGGCGUGAACGAGUGUGAAAUAAUAAAAGACCGACUUUUCUUCGCAACUGUUCGGGGAAGGCCUAGAAGUACUCAAAAUGCACAUUAUUUUAGCAUUGACGAUGAUCUAGUGUAUGAAAAUUUUUAUGCUGACUUCGGUCCGCUCAAUUUGGCUAUGCUGUAUCGUUACUGCUGCAAGUUGAAUAAGAAACUCAAGUCGUUUUCGCUUGCUCGUAAAAAGAUUGUUCACUACACGAGCUAUGACAGCAGAAAAAGAGCGAAUGCUGCGUUUUUAAUUGGCGCUUAUCAGGUGAUUUAUCUCAACAAGAAGCCGGAUGAGGCCUAUCAACCAUUGAUAAGUGGCUGUUCGCCGCCAUAUUUACCUUUUCGGGACGCCUCUUUUGGUGCUUGUACGUUUAAUCUCACAAUCCUGGACUGUCUAAACGGUAUUUAUAAGGCCUUACAGAAUAAGUUUUUCGAUUUCGACACGUUUGAUGUUGAAGAAUAUGAACAUUAUGAGAGGGUUGAAAAUGGCGAUUUCAACUGGAUAGUACCAGGGAAGUUUUUGGCAUUCAGCGGGCCUCAUAACAAGACUAGAAUCCUUAAUGGCUAUCCAUUACAUGCUCCGGAGUCUUAUAUUCCCUACUUUCGUAAACAUGGCAUAACCACGGUAAUCCGCCUUAAUAAGAAGAUGUAUGAAGCAAAGAGAUUCACUGAGGCUGGUUUUGAUCAUUUCGACUUAUUUUUUAAUGAUGGCAGUGUUCCUGUCGACUCCAUUGUCAGGCGAUUUUUAACGGUGGCAGAAUCAGCUAGUGGCGGUAUCGCAGUACAUUGCAAAGCUGGACUUGGCCGUACUGGAAGUUUAAUUGGUUGCUAUCUGAUGAAACAUUUCCGUUUUUCUGCAGCAGAAGCGAUUGCAUGGAUGAGGAUAUGCCGUCCAGGUUCUGUGAUUGGUCCCCAACAAAACUUUUUAGAAGAAAAGCAAGCUAGUCUAUGGAUCCAAGGAGACAUUUUUAAAACGAGACAAAAGGAUGUGAAUGAAAAUGUUCUUAACGCGGUCGGAACCAUAACGACAGGAGUUGACUCGUUGAGGAUUGAAAGUUCAGUGAUUGAUACUUCACCAAAUACCUUUAAGGAUAUAUCAAGCUCCCUGUUCAAUUCUUGCACCUCAAGUAGAUCAAAAGCGUCGAAACCAACGAGUGCUGUAACUCGAAGUUCAUGUAAAGACGCAAGUCAUGAUGAAGAAAAGACGUCAACGCAAGGAGAUGAAUUACGGAAACUAAAGUCAAGCUGGUCUUCAAGACAUCCACGUUGUGCUACUACUGGAGCUAUCAGGGUUGAUGAUAUCCGCCAUGGACACACAAGAACGACAUCGAGCCGCGGUCAAAGAUUAACUAGUUCUUUGGCUAUGCAGUCUGUUAUAUCUCCUCUUAAAACAUCAAAAGUUACAGCUAUACCUCGGCGAACGACUAGAAGUACCACACAAGCUUUUAAAAGUCGAGGUGGGGGACGAACCACGUUGUCGUUAAAACGGGGCGUAGAUGAGGAGACAAAAGACUUGAGAAAAACUAAUUCUACAAGGACUGUGCUAUGAAAGCCAUAUUGUACUGAAGAAUCUCGUCAGGAUUCUGGUGCCAAUGAGAGAGGUGACCAUCAUUCAAAAAUCAUCGUGAAUAUGAUUUGGUCUAUAUUUGGACAUUGGGUAUGGUUAAAUAAAUGAUCAGGGGAAAGAUUUUAAUCAAUCAGUUGCAUAAGAUCCCAGUGGCAAAUUAUAGUUGACUGAUGAAUCGUUGGAAGCCAAAGUGUCUAGAAAUGAAGAUCUCAGUUCGAUGAACCUUCAAAUUUAAUUGUACAUAUUUCAUAUAUCUUAACAACUUUUUAAGACGUGUAUACAUCACAAACAUCCUGACAGUAAGUUGUAUUUUCGUUUCAACUUUUGCGAUAGCAUGUCAGGUGAAUCGUUAUCGUGUCUGUUUGUGAGCUAAUUAACUAAUUUUUUAACAAAUUUAUUAGAUCAAUACAAAUCGUAUUCACAGUUCGCAUGCCUUGUGAUUAA